AUCUCAGCCACCUCUCUCGACAUGUCGCUCCAUAGCCACGUCCUGCUCCGCAAGUCCUCUGGCGCGCUCGGCUCCUCCUCUGACUUGCACUCUCGCGACACCCAGACGCGUCCCAUAUCGCGUCUUGCUCUGGAACAUCCAUUUGGCCGGUUUGCCACCAGUAGCGAAGACGAAUACGCUCUCAACGUACCAGCCUUUGGCUUCAACUCGCCUUCUCCGGUGAGCAGCAAUGGAUCGGGUUCGCUUCGGCAACCUAGUCCAACGCCGAUGUCAUACAAGUCCUUCCUCGAUACGCGGUCUCGAGUGUUGCGGCUGAGGACGGCAGCGAAUGCGUCAACAAUGACGGUCCUGGUGAUGUUCGAGAAGAACCGUGCAUCUGUGCGGGCGCCCAUUUCGCUAUGGACAACGCAGGAGAGAGAAGAGCCGAACGACAUGUAUGCUGUGUUCUCGAGUCACGAUGAUGCCACCGCCGCUUUCGCUCUCUCCAAUCCCUCCAUCAUCCUCUUGCCUGCUCUCGAGAGCGAUCUCGAACCUAUUAGCUCCCUCAGGCAGGUUGACCUUGCCGCCAAGUUCAACAGCUCGUUAAGAAAUCACACUCCUCAUUUCGGUGGCCUUCGCAUGUCUACGUCUACUCCAGACCUCCAUAGAUUAGCCCAGGCUUCUAGCUUUUCUCGCGUCAUCAGUCCCGGUUUCCUCAACAACGUCGCCAAUGACGAAUUCGUGAUAUCUUCCAACCCUCCCAACCCAAAGACCACCUUUCGGCAUGGUGACUGGAUAUGUAACUCCCCCAGCUGUGCUGCCCACAACUUUGGACGUAAUAUGGCUUGUCGAGGAUGCGGCUGUCCGCGGGCAGAUAACCAGACUGCAUACACGAAGCCAGGUGCCUGUGGGGUGAGCGCGACGGCUCGAGUACCUGCCUCGCCCCGUUUUGUUGGAUCUAUGGGCUCGCCUCAGUACCCGCAGUCCGCACUGCCUUCACCUAGCGCCGCCAAUUUCCCCGCUUCAGUAACGUCCAAUCCCCGCACCUCCCCUGCAUCAGUCAUCGGAGUUCAGAACACGAAGCCUCACACACCUACCCACCCUCUUUUGACCCCUUCAGGGCGUGACUUUUCGGUCGGAGGCAAGGUUCAGAACAUCUCGUCGGACCCCAUGUGUCCCUGCGUGAUGUACUGGCCUGACAAUGAGCCGCUCCCAGAGGCUGGACAGAUCCGCCCGAACGCCAUGGCCGGCUUCCCUCAUCCUCCCAUCCUGAACACUGGAAACCGCGGACCCAUUGAGCAUCAACCUGGUGACUGGAUUUGUCUCAAAUGCAACUACUUGAACUGGCGCCGGCGCAAAGUUUGCCAAACAUGCUACCCUUACGCGGAAGGAAAUGGAGAUUCCAUCUCUGCUGCUGUGCAGGCAGAGCGCAUCGCUCUUCUUACCUCGGUCUUGGCUCAAAACCAGCUCCCUCUCACGAACCACGGCAUGGCUGCUGCUCAUCAUCAGAACGCGCGGUCUCAUUCCGUCACUCCGCCUCAGCAUCACCGCACAUUUGCUGACCAACAACGUCCGCAUCUUCCUGCGCACCGUUCUCGUUCCCACUUCGACCUUGGUACCCAGUACAUCGAGUCGCAACCCAUCUAUGAAACAUCUGGCCCUCGUCAGGCCGACAACUCGUUCCCCAGGCUGAACGACCUACAAAACGCAUUACCUAAUGACGCUCCUUUGCUCCCUUCGUUCCUUCAUGACAUUGUACAAUCGCCCACGCUGUCGCCCACUUCUACUUCCUCCGCCGACCUCUCGGCAGAAGACUACGAUUUCCCUUCGCCGAAAACGUCCGUUCACGGGCGUGACCGCGGAGUCAAGAUUCGCCAGUCCACGUCCAACGUGAGCCUCGGCAACAUCUGGCGCCUCAAUGAGGAAGAAAAGAGCGUACAGCCCGGCAUUGCUCUUCCCCACCACGAGGACCUUGUAGGCAACCGGAAGCGCAGCAACGAGCUUCUUCGCCGCCCUGCUGUAUCACCUUAAUUUAUUUCUAUUCUGUCAACUCGCAUCACCACACAUGUUUUUCUUAUCCCGAUAGAACACGGGGGACUGCAACAAAGGAUAUGUUUUUGGAAGAUAUGGCUAGAACGCUCAAAUCUCGGUAUUGGUAUUGCUUACUACUUACAAUCGCCCGCGGCCCUUGCACUUUUUUCGUUCCAAGCGGGGGCCUAUUAACUUUUGUGGAUCUCAUAUCUCUAUGUCUUCUUUUUUUCCUCUUGUCAUCUCAAGAUCACCGGUUUUCUCGUCUCUUGGCGGACUUCACACACCUCCUCCUCUCCCCACUGAGCUGCAUCUCCUCUCACGAAAUCGGAACCCUGCGGCGGGCAAUGCUGCCCCAGUCUCACUUAAUAUGGCGUUGACUCACAUUUAUUAUCUUGGAAUCUAUCCUACCUUAGGCCUUAGUUAUGUAUCGAAUACUAGGUAGUACUACGUCUCUCCG